CACUGUACCAUCUAUGGUCAUUUCAAAUUAUAGUUUGUGAAUUUAUUUUCCUUUUCCAGUGUAUGCCUAUAGAAUUUAUCAUAAUUUGAAAGAUAGCAAGAAUAUUGAAAACACAAGCUUUUAUUUUUCUGUUAGGCUCUGACUUUUUGGACAUAUUGAGCAAGCAUCAAUCUGGAGUAUACUCUGAAUUGACCAUGUUUUGAAAAUUUCUUGACCUAGGAAAACACCCUGAAAUAAGGUAGAAUUUUUAGACCUUGUAUUCAGUACAAAGCUGUAUCUGGCAGCAUCUUUACAAAGCAAAAUGCUGUACUGUAUAAAAGCACUAAUCAUCCAAAUUAGCUGAAAAGCAUGCAUAAGAUAUCCAUAUUUCUAUAAUUGUAGUAGCAAAUUUAGUUCAAGCAUUUAAAUCUCUAUGGAUUUUAGCUGAUAGAACUACUUCAGUAGUUAAAAAUCAUCAUGUAAUUCAAUUUCUUAAACCUCCAUUAAAACAGAAUGUGUCCUCUCAUAAUCAGCAGUCAGGCUAUAUAAAGCAUAAUGAAAAUAUUUUAACCUGACUGACUGUUGUCCUCCAAAUGUCAUAGAUGUUGCAUUUCAAUACAUCUGAUACUGAUUUCUGAUGACUUUUGAAAUAUCGUGGUGCUGAAACAAUGUCACUUCAUGUUCUGCUUUUCAUUUUACUCAAGUUUAUUUCAUUAAUUUAUAGUGUGAAUAUAUACAUCUCUGUACAUGUAAAUGACAUAAUAGUUUUGUUAAAAAACAUUCUUUAUGUACAUUUUUGUUUUACAUCAUGAUACUGUCCUGGAUACCUGUUGAGAGUAUAGAAAAGGAUAUUUGUUAAUGGCAAGGCAAAUUAUUGAUCAUAUGAAUACAUUUCACCUUUUUGCUUCACUGUCAGCACUAGCUAAUAAUAUGAGAGUAAAGGUCCCACACACUCUCUAGCAUUGAACUGACUUGGCUUAGUCUUAACAGAGCUCUUGUGAAAGUCACCAAACAAUGCCAACCCUGCGGGAUCCCAGGAGCUUGCUGUCUCCCCAUCACAGAGGGGACAGAAUGUGCUGAAGGGCUUAGAAUACAAUCUGUUUUCCCCCAACUCUUACCCUGCACAAUGGAAGAAGGGAAGAAGAAGGAAGGGGUUUUAAAAAAAAAAAAACCUGUAGAAUGUGAGAAAAUCUACUCUUUCCUGUCUUCACAUGUAUGAGGUAUAAACCCUGUGGGGAAAUACAGAAGCCAGUUCAACUCUUGGAAUAGGCUACUUCAGGAAUUCACUUCAGUUUUACACUUACGUGUACCAGGCUUUGUGCUAGGCUCUUGGGAUAUAAAGGCAAAAACCAAACAGUCUCUGCCCUCAAGGAACUUCUAUUCUAGAGGAGGAACUACUAUCAGAGCAAGGUACUGUUUUCGUUGACUACACACUAUUUCAAAGUAGAAGAAGGUGGUGAAAGAUCAGUUUGUGUUACCUUUGGAUUUUUUUUCUUUGUCAAAGCCAUGGCAAUCUUGAUUGUUACUGAAAACUACCUAGAAUUUGGACUUGAAACAGGUUUUACAAAUUUUUCAGAAAGUGCGAUGCAGUUUCUUGAAAAGCAAGGUUUAGAAUCCCAGGGUCCUGUGUCUAAACUUACUUUCAAAUUUUUCCUGGCUGUUCUGUGUUCACUUAUUGGUGCUUUUUUGACUUUCCCUGGGUUGCGGCUGGCUCAAAUGCAUCUGGAUGCCCUGAAUUUGGCAACAGAAAAAAUAACACAAACAUUACUUCACAUAAACUUCUUGGCACCCUUAUUUAUGGUCCUGCUGUGGGUAAAGCCAGUCACCAAAGACUACAUUAUGAACCCAACUUUGGGUAAAGAAAGUGUUCCUUUAAUGACAGAAACCACAUUUGAUACUGUGCGACUGUGGUUGAUAAUCCUGCUCUGUGCUCUGAGGUUGGCUCUGAUGCGCAAUCACCUGCAAGCUUACCUGAACUUAGCCCAGAAGUGUGUGGAUCAAAUGAAGAAGGAAGCUGGGAGAAUAAGCACCGUUGAUUUACAGAAAAUGGUGGCGAGAGUGUUUUAUUACCUUUGUGUAAUUGCACUACAGUACGUAGCACCUCUGGUCAUGCUGCUCCACACAACCCUGCUUUUGAAAACACUAGGUAAUCAUUCCUGGGGGAUUUAUUCCCAGUCUAACUCUGACUCUCUAGUGGAGAACCAUCCGUUCACUGAUUCUGUUCACUCUGAAUUACCAUCUGCUGAUGAGAAAACGAAGGUAACUGUUACCCAGAUAACAAUGGCACUGGGCAGCCUGAAGACCAUCUUUACUCCUCUGCUCUUCCGAGGGCUCUUGUCAUUUCUGACCUGGUGGAUUGCUGCUUGCCUCUUUGCCACAAGCCUUUUUGGACUUUUCUAUCACCAGUAUCUAACUGUGGCAUGAACUAAUCCGCUAACAAAGACAACAACAGCAAAAGAUAUUGAAGGCAACCUAGUCUGGAGUUCAUGUGCCUUUGAAGAAAGGGCUGAGGAAAAUCAGAAGAAAGCAGAAAGACUGAAGAAAAAUACAUAUCAUCCAAGUAGUUUGUUUUUUUUAAUGCUUCCUCUGUCUUCUCAGGGUGAAUUGAUGUUUUAAUGUUUAAAAUCACAAGUUGGUUUGUUAAUUUUGUUAUGUAAAUAGUAGGUGAGUAACUAUUGAAUUGUGGCAGUGGAACUGUGACUUUUCUUUACAUAGAUAAAUAUAUGUACACAUGUGUAUAUAUACAUAUAUGUAUGUGUGUGUAUGUACGUGCAUAUGUGUAUAUACAUAUAUACAUACAUAUUUACUGAUUCAAGAGGGCUAUUUAAAUGCUCGUGAUACCUUGGUUUACAGUAACACCCAACUGUCUUUGAAAUUUUGUUUGUGACUUCAGUCAUUGUCUGAUGCCUUUUAAUGGUGUUAAGGUACUGGUAAUAUUAAUGGUGGCUGCCUAGAGAACAAUCUUGAAACUGAGCCAUACUUGGGGGGAGACAAGGGAGAAAAAGUAAACUUCUGUUGGAACUGUAUUAGUUGCUCUGCCAGAUGAAUAACAGCAACUACAAGAAGUCCAACAGGAAAGAAGAAACAGCUGCUGUAUAUUACAGCAAAGGAAGCUGUAGUGUAUUUUAAUUUAAUGGAGAUAUAAGUGCAUAAUAUCAGCAAGUAUUGCUGCCUGAGCAUAGCAGGAAUUAUUUUAAAAUGUACGUUGUCAAAAAAAAAAAAUGUACAUUGUCUCAAUCUCUGCAGUUCUUUAAAACAACAAAUGGCUCUAUGAACAAUUGCUUUUAGCAGCUUGCUGCUAAGAUUGGAUAUCACAAAUUUGGGUGGGCCUCAAUUUCAGGGUUUU